UUCUUUGUCUCCCAGCCAUCGACCGCUAUCCCCUCAGCCCAUCUCCCUUUCCUGUCUGCGGCUCUCGCUUCCUGCCUGAACUCUCCUCUUCACAGUCGCCUGCUCUCUCUUUGCCAUGUCUGAUUCCAAGAAAGCCGUUGUCAUCGACGAAUCGGCCAACACCGAAUUCCCUGCUCACAACCACCCCCUUGAACACACCCACAGCCAUCACUUGCCGUCGAGGGACCUGUUCCGGCAGGCCCAUCGCGACAAUUGCCUCGCCUGUCGGCUCAAGAGCGAUGACGAGAAAGCCCACGACCACACCGACGCCUCGGACUCGUCCUCCUCAGCGCCAAAGACCCUGACUCCUCCAGUCUCGCCCGCCAUGGUCCGGCGGUCUCCCUCCAGCAACGGACUGUCAUCCUCACAUACCCGGUCAAAAUCCGACAAGCUCGAAGCUCCUGCCGCCGCCCCCACUCCCGUCAAAAAGACUCGCCAGCCCCUCGACACCGGCCUCAAGCGGAAAGUAAAGUCCGAGUCUGACUUCAAAACCAACGGCACAUCCUCCUCCAAUGUCUCCAAUGGCUCCUCGACCACACAGCCCUCGACGACUCCUUCGCGAAGGAGUCCCACCAACCCGUCCUCGGCCAAGAGCCCCAGCGGCCCGUCGUCCCUCAAGAGCCCCACGCCGUCGCCGGCAACGCCCUCAAAGCCAUCCUCUCGAACCAUCCCUCGGCCCACCACUUCCACUCCCAAGAAGACCGCCACCAAGUCGGAUACAGCGGCCUCCUCCGAAGUCAAGACUCUGUCUCGCGGCGGCAAGGUGACCGUCACCUCACCGACAGACAGCACAGCGCCGCUGUCCCCUCCACAACCCGCUCGCUCCACCCUCUCUCGCCCAAAACCCGCUUCAUCCAGGCCCUCGUCCUCGUCCUCGUCUUCCACUGCCAUCCCCAAGAAGACACCGUCCUCUGCUGUCGAUAGUACCAAGCGGACAUCAACCCUCACUUCUUCCAGAAGUUCGACUGCUCGCGCCGCACCCACCACGACCGCUUCCACUCGCUCGCCCGCCACCAGCUCCAAAUCCUCGGCUCGUGUGCCGCUCUCUCACCGCGCCACCGCAAAGCCUGCUGCCCCCUCGGCCGAGGAGCCUGGAAGAAUCGUCAUCAAGCGACCGCCUCCACCCCCGGCCGAGCCUGUCCAGGAAGAGCCGGCCGAGAAGCCAGCCGAGCCACCCGUCCCCGAGCCCGCUGCUGUGGAGACUGUCGAUGAGGCGGCUGAAGUCACCGUCGAGGAAACUGUCGAGGAGACCGUUGAGGAGACCGUUGAGGAAACUGUCGAGGAGACCGUUGAGGAAGCUGUCGAGGAAACUGUCGAGGAGACCGUUGAGGAGACCGGCGAGGAGGCUCUGUUGACCCCGACCGAUCCGCAAGCAAACUCCGAGGAAGAGGACGCCCACCCCCUCUCCGAGACGCCUGACCGCGACUCGGCGACUCCCAACUCUUGCGAGGAGGUGGCUGAUGAUAAAGCCUCUGUCUCGGUCAAGGAGGUCAUCAUCGUCGAAGAGGUCAUCAUCGAGCAGGUGCACACCGUCAUUGAAGACGCCCCACGGUCGGCCACCGAGGAGGAGCAGGCCGCUGAGCAGACUGUCGAGGAGACUGAUGCCACCGAGCCCGCCGCUGAUGUUACUGCGGAAGUCAGCACCGAAGAGGCGGCUGCUGCCGACGUUGUCAUCGAGGACGCUUCGGAGUCGGUCGCCGUGGCCAUCGAGGAGCCUGCCCCGGCGGAGGACGAGGUAGAUGUCGGUGACAUUGUCGAUGCCUACGAGGCUGCAUCGGAGCCGGAGACUGCAGAGGUCGCCCAGGCUCCCUCCGGCUCCUCGCUCGCUCCCAUCGACACUAGCAAGGACGCUGAUCAGGAUACCAUCGUCGACUCGGCUAUCACCCUCGAGCAGGACAAAUCCCGGGACGGUCAUCACACUGAAAGCCCCGCCAUCACCGUGACCGAGACCGACGGCACAAGCGUCGCAACGGUCUUGGAGUCCUCCAGCAGCGACGUCAACAGCAGCGAGAACAGCAGGGCCAAAGUAAGUGUGAUGAUCCGGAACCGGGUUAUCCUCUCGGAGACUCAGCUGAGAACCCUGCCCGUCGUGAACCUGGUCGAGGUGGAUGGCGAUCUCGAUUUUGAUCAAGUUCGCACCACCUUGCUCGAAUCCGAUAAGGAGCACGACGUGGCCAUCCGAGACGACGUCUCGCUGUUCUCGUACGGCUCCGAGUGGGGCGGCUCUGAGGAGCUGAUGAGCUAUCUGGGCGACGAUGACCUUCCGGAGAAGCGCGAGUUUGUGCCCCGCAAGUGGCUCCUGCACAAGCCCUCGCUGCAGAACCGCCUCUCGCGCGACCUGUCCCAGGUCCAGCCCCAGCUCGUCGGCCGGCAGUUCCCUCCCCCGCCCAAGCGCAAGCAGACCCUCGACAUGACCGAUCUGCGCGGUCUGGCCAAGCUCCUGAACGCAAAGUACGCCGAGAUGGUCCGUCUCCAGGCCUCCAUCCAGUACAUCGAAGCUUCGUCCGAGGCCUUUGUCACCGGCAAGGUCGACUACCUCUCGACCGGCCGUGAGAUCUACGACAUGGGCCGCGGCAUCUCCAAGACCUGGGUGCCCGUCGCCAAGACCUGCACCGACUCGCGGCUGUCGUCCAUCCUGCUCGCCUCGCUCGCCAAGGUCGAGGUUCUGACUGUCCAGCUCCGCACCGUCAUCCGCAUGAAGCAGGUCGAGCCCCUGGACCGCGACUCUGACAGUGGCGUCCUGGCCUGCAGCAAGAACGUUGUCGAGACCCUGAACCAGGCCCUCGAGGAGCUGGAUGCCGCUCGGCUGCGACUGGCCGAAGACGCCAAGUUGCCCGAGUCCUUUGUGAUUGCUUAAGCACGAUACUCGUUCUAGUACCUUUCUAUUUUGACUCCAAAUACAUGGUUCAACCCCUGCCCUCUCCUCCUCCCCACCUCCUCAGCCAUCCUGCUUUUGUAGCUUUGGCGUUGACUUU